CCAUCCGCUGCGGGACGGCCCUGAGGGGGCCCAGGUUCCGUCCCUGGCCCGCCCUGCCGGGGCCUGGCCCGGCCACCCUCCCUCCCUUAGCGCUAAACCCGGCGCGGGGGCCCGCGCGGGGCGGUGCGUCUCCUCCGGGGCAGGGACCAGGAGCGCCCGUCCUUGCCCGCGGGGAGCCACCGGCCCUCACCAAGCCUUUGAGGGCGGCUGAAGGGAGCUCUGCGGGCUGCCCCGGCCUGCAGAGUAGCCGGGAGGUGGAUCCCCCCGGGAGCGGUGUGUUAAAUCAGGGUGUGCUUGACGGGUGCUGCGCGGCGGGGGCGGCGGGCGAAAACGCGGCGGAUUGUGGCGCCUCUCAUUUACACCACUGCCCGUGUCCCUCCUGCCGAAGGGAGCUGGCUGAUUGCAUCGCUGCCGUGGAAAAUACGGCACGGCUCAUUUCUUUUGCAGCCUACACCUAAAACAAAAGAUUCUUCCGCUAGAAUUUCCGCUCUGCCAGUGAGCCGGUCACCUGGGUACCGCUGCCCCCCCAAAGAUGUUCUUCAUUAGAUGCACUGUACGGCCCCUGAGCUGUGUCCCCUGCUUGGGCAGAAGCUGUGAAUCUCUCCAGGCAGGCAUGGAAGGGAAUUAUCUUGCACUUCCAUGCGUUUUGCCGUAGCAGAUUCCUCUCCUUUCUUCGGAACGCUAAUAUGUCUGUUCACCGAGAUGAUUGUUGGAAGACUGACCCAUCAAGAGACAAAUAAAUAGGGGGUUUUUUUGCGCUCUGCCAAGAAAUCAGUGGUCUGAUUCAGUUUUUUGUGUGAUCACCAGCUCGACAGAGCUGCGGAGGAGGAGCAGGGCUGCCCCGUUCAGUAGCAGCUUGUUCCUAGGUUGUAUUAGAUUUAUUAUGGAAAUGUGCUGAGGUGGGUCUGAGUCAAUAAAACCCAUCUCCUCCCCAGGGAGAGACAGGCUUGUAGGUGAGUCUUGGGGGUAAUUUCUUCUCUGGGGGACCGGAAGGCUGGCACACCUGAUUUAUUGGCCCAGUGAUGACAUAAGGCAGCAUGAUUCUGCAGGGGUUUGAUUCAGAUGUACCAAGUGUCUUGUGUUUGAGGAGGAACUUGUGUUUCAAACCCGGGUCCAAGGACAGAGCGAUGCAGGAGCAGGCUGUUGGAGUACAGACCGGAAUGGCGGUCCUCUCCCAGCUGUCACCCCAGCCCCUGUGCCCUGCUCAUUCGCUCUUGGUUCAUCUCUCCAGUAUAUUUUGAGGUAACUGCCACAACACGCUGCUUAAACAAGGUGCUGAGAAUGUGCCUGUUGUCACCCAGACCGCAGCUCAGCGGUUACAGAAAUCUUCUAGGAGAUGGGGGAAGCGAGUUGGCUUCCUGGGUAAGUGCCGUUAAGGCUUUUACAUUGCUGCAUCCUCCUCUCUCUGUGUUGUAAAGCAGCUGCACUCGUGUUUGAAGAGUUGUUGUGGGUCCUUUUGCCUUAAUGGAUUUUCAAGGCUGUGGAGGCCUGAAGGAGGAGGUGACAGUGGUGGAAGUUCAGGUGCUUCCUGGCUUGCUAUCUUGAUAGAUUUAGCUUGGAGUAAUUUUGUGUACUUUACUAACAAGUCUGUGGGAAUCUGUCCCCAUUUUGGGCUGACCACACUUGAGAAGUGUCAUUUAAAAGCUUUUUUUUUCCCCUUUGUGCUUGAAGAGGCCUUUGGAUGAAGGCACCUUACGGCUGUGUUGUACCUUGUCUGCUUUUGGGUGUAAUAAAUGUCUUCUGCACUUCUGCUGUCAGCAAAAUGGAUUGCAAAAGCUGGUCAAAGUAGUGUUUUGUUGUUGUUGUUUUUUAAAUACAGAAGCCACUAAUAAACGACAACAUGCGGUCUUCUCUGAUGUAAACCUACCUGGCAAACAGGAGCUCAGAUGUCCAGCUUCUGUUUUUUGAGGACAUUAUGGCAACCUGCAAAACGUCAUUCACGCUUUAAGUGUUCUUGGGCAUGGUGAGACAUGGACGAGCAGAGACUGGGGCAAACUUUGGCUGUCGCUUUGGGCUUGUGCUGGUUUCCCACUGCGUGAUUUUGUGCUCUCCUUGGGGCAGACCUAUUCCAGGAGGCAUAGGCAGCAGCCCUCGCUUUGAAGAGUAAUGGAAAACUUGCUGUUAAGAGUUGGAGCAUACCUGUUUGUUUUUCAAUCUAUUAUAUUUCCAUUCAGAGCAUCAGUGCAGACAGAUAGCCAAAGUGUUGCGUGUUUUUGAGAGGUAUAUUCUGCUGCCUUUAGAGACCGCAGAGCGUUGAAUUUAGUCAAAGUGUUGCUUAUUUUCCCCUGUUAUCUGUCUGCACUGAUGCUUUGAACUGAAAUAAAAUAGAUUGAAAAACAAAUUGGUGUGCCCUGGCUCCCCGUACUGGAUUUUACAUUAUCCUCUGGGAGAGCUGCCUGCUCUGGCCCUCUGGAACACCCCAGAGAAAGGUAAUGACCCCUCAGCCUCUUUCAGCACUACAAAGACUGAAUUACUUUUGGUGGGAGAGGUAAGAAAAUUGAAUUGCAGUACGUGAUUUUCUGGCUUUCCAGUAACCCUCUUUGUAAGGUCAUCAUCUUAGUAACAAGAAAACAGGAAACUGGUAAACACACACAGAAAGUAUUCAGAUUCUGAUUUAAGGCUGUCACUGUCCUUAACUCCUCAGAGCUGAAAAGCCCAUUGUUUGGAGGCUGCUGUCGUACCUGAGGGACUGCAGGGCCAAGGAACACGAGAGAACGCAUCUCGGCUUUCUGUCCUGCUGCGUUUACCGAUUUACAUGAGUCUUUUGAAAUGAGCCUUUGAAUAAAGUGCAAAAUGGGUAGAGGUGGGGUGAGCUCCUCUCGCAGGGGCAGGGAGCCUUCCUGGGCUGGGACCUGCUCUUGCUUCAGUGACCACUUUGGGUUUUAGCUCCCCUGAGCAGAAAGCUGAGAGUGCUGGGAACAGGAGGGUGGUUGGGCUGUUCCUGUGAGACCCCCAGGUCUGCUCUAACAGAAGCGGCAUUUACUUCAGACAGAAUUACAGAGAAGCUGGAUUCUUCCAUUUUGCUUAUCUCUUUCUAUCCACUUUAUUUGCUUCUGCCUGCUUUGUUUUAGCUUUUUUAGAGCUUGAAUAGGAACUGGUUUUUUUCUACUUUUGCAGCAGGUAUACAGGCUGCUUUUAGGAAGCGUCAUUAUCCGUCCGUGCAUUGCGGUGCACAGCACUGUGCUGGCAGCAGAGGGAGCGCAAGGCUGUGGGUUUGUGCCUUUAAAAAGCUGUGAUGGUAUUGCUUAAUUUCUUGGCGGUGCAGCAAUAUUUUUUUUUUUUUUUUUUUUUGAAAGCUAAAAAGCCUGCUCCAUGUGCAUCCCAAGGAAUAAUUUCAGGCAUGGAACACGUCUCAUGCUGGCCACUGAGAUGCUACUAAUCAAUGCAGGAAGGAGCUGUUGGCAUUAUUUUAUUAAUGCCAGCAGGUGUGUUGACCAGCACCUUGUAAAAGGCCUUAAUUAUGGAAGUGAGGGGCAUACAGAAUCUUUUUGCUAAGGCCACGGAGGCAUUUAAAUUCUUUCUGUGCCUUGUCCUGGGCUUUCUGAUCACGUGAGAUACUGCAGCAGCCUCGUAACUGUGAGGGAGGGUUGGUCUCAUCUGUGCAUCGUUGGAACACCUAUCUUGGUCGCGUCUAAUUGCUAAAGUGCUCGGUCCUAAAUUUCAAUUAUCUUUUGAUGAACCUAGUGACGUGGAUGGCUUUUGAAUCUGUUGAAUAUAGAUCAAAGUAAUUCCAUGAAUAAUGAAGGGAAGUAAUUUAAUUUGGAAACUCCUUUUGAGUUCUGUAGAUAGAAUUGGGUGUUCCUUCUUUCCUCCUCUUUGAAGAGGCAUUGUUGCCAUCAACAUAUCCUUUUCAUGUUGUAAUGUAGCUUAAAGAAAAAUACACCAUCCCCUCAAACUGUGGAAGUGUAUGAGGACAGGAGUACCUGGGAAAAGGAAGAAAGAGCUGGAACUAUAUGGUGGAGGGUGGUGUUUGCUGCAGACGCUUUCGGGACCUCCCAUACUUGUGAGGUUCAGAAGAAGGGGCUUCUUUGCUGAAGUGGGUGUCCUGAGAGCAGUCACAGGUGAUAACUGCUGCCUAAGGCCAACAGGAGGACAUCUAUUGACAUGUAGUUAAGUAAAGCAUUAUGAAUUCUGUGCACUUUUGGAAAUUUGUCUCAAAUUGAUUGACUUCGCAGUCUCACUGGAAGCCGGUGGAAUGAAAACUCCUAAGCCACCUUCGUGUUCUCCCUGGGAAGCUGGCAAGACAAGGCUUAAGAUGUCCCCUGACGUUCCUCAAAAGUUUCAUUUUGCAAAGCCUGUUUGUUGUGCAGCUAAGAUGAGCAAGUAUUUCUGUCUCCUCUGUCCCUCCUUCUGACUCGAGAUGAUAUUUUGGAAGAGGGCAGUGCCUGUGUGGCUCAGGUGUCAGAGGUCGCAGAAGCAGCCCAUGUAAACCAUAUUUGCCUUAAGUUUGAUAUUCACAAGAAGUCCCCGGUGAGCCUGCCUCCAAAGAGAAUGAGAGAAGCAGCUUUAAGCUGAAAAAGUUGUGAAUGGCUUUUUCUUACCAGUGGUGCUGGCAGAGGCAGAUGGCUCGUGCCCUGUAAGCACUCAUCACUGCUGAGGUGUGUUGCCUGCUCUCGGAGAGAUUCCCAGUUCAGCCCAGUCCCCCUGCCAAACAUCCCAAAAGCCAUGUAGAAGAUGAGUGCUGAGGCUGGGAGGUGAAGCUAGAGAAAUUCAGGUAAGAAAUGAGGCAGGUAAUUUAAGAGUUGGAAUAACUAUGGCAGUGGAGGGUCCUCCCCCUAAAAAUCAGUUCUUAUCAUGACUGGGCACCCUGCUGGAAGAGAAGCUUGAGCCAAGCCCCAGUUACUGAGUCUGGAAAUCUAGGAGGCAGUCACGGAUGAGAAAUCAGAUUGCUGCUGGUGGUCCCUUCUGCCAUAGGCUUUGAAGAAAAGCCUGACCUGUGUUCUAAGUAGGGGGCAAUUGCCUUGAGAAUGGUCUUGGCCAUCACCCCUCCUUAAAAAUAAAAAAGUCUGUUCUCUUUGGCAGUACUGGAUCUUUGGGUACCUAUCUAUAGUUAAAGAGGUAAAAUGUAUUUAAACAAAUAUGUCUGAUCUAAUUGCUCAGGACACAUUUUCCAGGGCUCUGAGUUGCUGUAAUAAAGACGGGGCGGUGCUGCUAGGCUGCUUAGAGUUUCACUGUUUUGAGCUGUCAUGGGCAAAUAUAUCUUUUAUAUCUUGCCAGGAAUAGAGGGAGCAGACGGCGCUGCUGCUUCUUCCAACUUGCCACAGUGGAAGCGAUAGGUUUUAUGCAGAAGGCUAUUCAUGGCAAAGUGAGCAGGCAUCUCUUCCAGGACAUUGAUGUUUCCUGCUUGUCCUUUCGUAGGAAGAGCCACAGCUAUUAUUAUUUAACCAGCAGACCCAAUUUCAUCUCAGAUACUGGAAGUCCUUCAGCUCUAGGGAAGGAGUGGGUGGACUAAAACCGCUAUUACAUUGAGUCUGGCAAAAGAAACGGGUCUCUUUCUUCUCCCACGACCAGCAGCAACUCCGCUGAUGGCAGCUUGGUUACUUGUGAUUUACAGCGGCGUGGGAGGAUAGCAGAGCCCGCGUGUUUAAUUGGCUGGAAGUGCAGGUGGCUGGCCCUGUGGAUCUGGUACUUGCAAUGUAGCAGAGAUGAGCUGCAGACCAGACGGCCCUUGGUAGCGAUGUGCCCAGAGAAGCUCUGGCUCCUGGGAAGCAGGAGGGUGGGCUAUCAGGAACUGCUUAGGUUUCCCUGCCUCCCAGAAAAGGACCCACCCACCCACUCACCCUGUGCUCUCGCUUCAAAGGUAUUCAGAUGGAGAGCAUGACAUCUCUGCUUUGAGAUGAUGUCAAAACCAUCUGUGAUCUUAUCCCGAUGAUUGAAAAGCAAGUUACAUAGUACUUUGUCUUUAAAGCACGGAGGGGCUCUUGGCUGAGCAGGAGAGCUCCCAUGCGCAGGUGGUAUCCACCAACCAGUUGCUCAGCUGGCUGUAGCUUUGGUAUGAAGUGAUGGCUCUUGGCUCCUCCUGUCUUCCCGCAGCCACCGCAGGCAGUGUCACACAGAAGGACAGCUGGGGUCCUGUCUCCCUAUGGGCAGGAGGUCCUGCUUCCCACAAAGUCUGAACUCCAGAGGGGCCAGCACCUUGCAGGAGUGAGAUGCCAGCUCAACCUGUGCCCAGUGUCUGCUCACCACUUGCAAUUUGGUGCAAGCUGGGAGUUGCUCUGAGCCUGCUUCCGUGCGAGGCGGCGCUUCAAGGUGGUGUAUGAGCCUCAGCUCGUUAAAGCUCCUGCCCAGCUGAUAGGCAAUAUUACUCCUGCUCUCUACAAGAGAGUAAUAAGCUGGGUGCAAAGAUGUUAAGCAGCUGAAGGUUAUGCAAAUUGUGUCCAUCCAGGUGCUCUUCCUCUGGUGCUCAUGCUGUUUUGUUUCAGCAUCGUUGCCAGCACUGGUGUUGGACGUCCUAGUGUGUAGACAAGGCAGUAACAUCUUUAUCUUGUCUAGUUUAGAUAAAAACUCCAGAUAUCCUGCUGAUAAAAAUUCUGUUGGCAGAUGUCCUAUCUGUACUGCCUCCCGCAACGGUGCGGGGGGAAAAAAGGAGGUUCUGGUAAACGGGAUUAGGGCUGUGGACUUCUGCAAGAAAUUAUAGCUGGGGGGGGAAGGACUUGUAAAUCAACGAGUUAGGGCCGUGGUGUGCUGAGAAGGGAGGUGCUGAAGCCCCCAUCUGCCAGCAGACCUCGAUCUCCAAUGCUCACUUGCCCCUGCUGAUCUUAGCACUGAUGUGGGGAGAAAAUUAACUGGUCCCAAACCGCUUAGUGCUUUGCAGGUCUAAACCAACACCUCGGAUUCUCUGUGUUUGGUAGCUGGUUUGAACAGGUCCUCCUGCACUGCUUCCCCACCUGCCCUUUCAGAAACCAGCUCCCGAAUUCAGCAUCGGUGCCUGACCUGAAGAGCAUUCAUACCUCCUUCAGCUCUGCCAGGGGCACGUCAGGGAGUUUCUUCUCCCUUUUAUAGCUCCUGGGACUCAGUACUCGUCUUCAAGCUCCUUCUGAAGUACUUCUAUUGCAACAGUAUCUAGACCCUUCAGCUCUAAUGGGGUAAGUUGCUGAAUUUGGGGAGUGCGAGUUCAGAAGGGGGCCUCUUCUUGCUGUAACUGCUGAACUGCAGCAGAGGAAGCUACUAGGAGGCGUAAACUGAAGAGUAAUUUUUGCUUGCUCUUUCUUUCUCUCUUGGCAUCAUCUGAGCAAAUUGCUAACGGGAUCCUUUGUUUUUUCACUAGCUGGGCUUUGUGAAAGCGGUGUGGAGAGCACAGCGAGAGGAGGCCAGGAGACUCUGGUGCCAUGGAGCUUCCCAGUUACAGCAAGCAGCUGCUGCAGCAGCUGUACGCUCUCUGCAAAGAGCAGCAGUUCUGUGAUUGCACCAUCUUCAUUGGGAAUGUUCACUUCAGAGCACACAAGGUGGUUUUGGCUGCUGCCAGCCUGCUUUUUAAAUCCUUGUUGGACAGCACAGACACCAUCUCCAUUGAUGCUUCCGUGGUGACCCCAGAGGAGUUUGCACUCUUGCUGGAGAUGAUGUAUAGUGGCAAACUCCCACUGGGGAAACACAAUUUCACCAAAGCAAUCUCUGUGGCAGAUAGUCUGCAGAUGUUUGAUGUGGCUGUUUGUUGCAAAAACCUCCUCAGGGACCUCAUCAGCUGUUCAACUCAGGACCCGGUAGUGAGAGAAGUCUCCGACCAGGCAUCAGACUCAUCUGGAAACCAUGCUGAAGCUAAUGACCUGCCUCAGUCUGAAAAACCUGCUGAAGGAAAACCAGAUAUCCUCCUCCCUCAGGCAGUUUCCCCUUCUCCUGGCCCUGUAGAAGCAGAAAUGGAAGCAGAUGUUUCUCCUCCUGGCCAGGAACUUACCAUGAAUCACAGCUGGGUUCACCAGGAUGCGAUGCCGAGUGACUCCAGAUCCCUCCGGGAGGAUUCACGCUCUUGUCCUCAUCGGCCUGCCCGUGCCGAGCGGGAUGGCAGUGCAGAAGAGGAGCUUGCUGAGCCGCCGCAGGUGAAAGGAGGACCGAGGGAUUUAGCAGAGAGCAAAAGCUGUAAACUGGAUUUCUUUCUUCGAUAUGAAAGUAUUUUCUCUGAGGCCCUUUCUGAUGCCCGAGCUGUGCUGAAAAGACUAGAAGAGUGCAGAGAAAUUGAUGCCUCUCAAAAGGAGGCUGUGGCCACCUGCCUGGCGGAGACGGGGGAGCAGUCAGUGUUCAAGAAGCUGCUGAGCAAAGUGAAGGAUGCGCAGACCCUGGCUGCUCAGACCCUCGUGUCUCUACUGAGGCUGUUUCAAGAUGCAAACCCCAAGCUGAGAGCGGCUUUGCUGGAGGGGGAAGGGGGCAGUGGAGAAGCCCUGCAGCAAACAGAGAGCACAGACGAGGGAGAGACGCUGACCGCUCGCUUGCUGGGACACAGGGAGGAGCUGAUCCAGAGCGUGACACAGCUGAGCCCCAUUGUAGAGUUCCUGGAGGUGGCAGAAGAGGGAUUCCUGACUGCCUCGGAGAAGCGGGUAGUUUUGGAUUGCUGCGAAGGCGGCUCUCAAAGGGAAGCCGUGGACAACCUGCUCAGGAAGGUGCAUGAAGAGAAAACCCUGAAAGCGGAAAGUUUGGUCAAACUUCUGGGGGCUGUGAAAGCAUCAUUCCCUGGCCUUCACCUUCUGCUGGACAACUUGGUGGCAACAGCAAAUGUCUCUGAUGUCAAAGCCAAGUGGAGCCCAGAGGAUUAUGGAGACAAACUGUUGAGACGAUACCGAGAAAACUUAGUGGAGCUCCUCACGGACACCCAGACGCUGCUGCAGGGCAUCUCUGCUGCACAGAGCCUGGCUCCUGCUGAGAGGGAGGCAAUGGAGCAGGUUGUGAAGCGAGAGGACGGCGGUUUUGCCUCCCUUGUGUCGGCGGCGUUGGAGGAGCGGUCUCUGUCGGUCUCUGCCGUUUGGCAGCUGCUGCUGGCUGUGCGGGAACCUGCACCGCUGAACCUGCUCAUGGAGGAGAUCCGGAAACAACCCGGCGCAGAGUUUUUCUUCCAAGCAGUGGCCACCAGCGAGAGCGCAGCCAUUGAGAUCAUCCUGCGGCACAGCAAGCUGAUCUCGGAGACCAUCCAGCGGCGAGCGGACCUGGAGGGCUUGGCCCCAGGGGAGGCAGGACUCACAGAAGCAGUAAAAGAGCUACUGAGUAUUUCUGCUCAGAAAGAAAGUUCAGAGGCCUCCUUGAAAGCAGCUCUGAGCACAGCCCAAGAGAAGUCUGUCCUGGCCAUCAAGAUCUGUCAGCUGCUGUGCAGUGUCCACGAGUCCUUCCCGGACCUGCAGCCGGUGAUGCAGGAGCUGGGGCAUGUGGGUCUCUUGACUGAGGGAACUGGGGAGAAGUCUGGGAUCAGGAAGUGGAAGGUGAACAGUGAAUCCCAAGUUGAAGCUCUGGACAAAGAUGAGGACAAGGCAGGAGGUGCCGGUGCCAAGGAACCAAAGGAACACCAAGAAAAAGCUUCUUCCAAGAAGAGUUUUGUCUGCAAAGCCUGCGAUAAAACCUUUCACUUCUACUGCCGCCUGAAGGUGCACAUGAAACGUUGUCGGGUGGCCAGAGGAAAGCAAAUCCAGUGUAAGGAGUGCAGCGAGGUCAAAUCAACAAAGAAGGAACUGGAGAAGCAUCAGCUGGAGGUCCAUGGGAUGGUGGGAACAGCCAAGAAGAAGAAGAAGCGGCUCCCUGUGGCGUGUGACAUCUGUGGCCGAGAGUUUGCUCAUGCCUCAGGGAUGCAGUACCACAAGCUGACGGAGCACUUUGACGAGAAGCCCUUCUCCUGCGAGGAAUGUGGGGCCAAGUUCGCAGCAAACUCCACGCUGAAGAACCACCUACGGCUGCACACGGGGGACCGGCCCUUCAUGUGCAAGCAUUGCCUGAUGACCUUCAUGCAGGCCUCCGCCCUUGCUUACCACACCAAGAAGAAGCAUGCUGAGGGGAAGAUGUACGCCUGCCAGUACUGUGACGCUGUGUUCGCCCAGUCCAUCGAGCUGUCGCGCCACGUCCGGACUCACACGGGGGACAAGCCGUAUGUCUGCCGGGAGUGUGGGAAAGGCUUUCGCCAGGCCAACGGGCUCUCCAUCCAUCUCCGGACCUUCCACAACAUCGAAGAUCCCUACGACUGCAAGAAGUGCCGGAUGAGCUUUGCCACCCUGCAGGAGCACCGCAAGCACGUCCACGAAGCCCACUCCCGGGAGUACCACCCCUGCCCGACCUGCGCUAAAGUCUUCAGCGCCCCGUCGCUCCUGGAGCGCCACAUGGUGACCCACGUCGGAGGAAAGCCCUUUAGCUGUGACAUCUGUGACAAAGCUUACCAGCAGUUGUCAGGGUUAUGGUAUCACAACCGGACCCACCACCCUGAUGUCUUUGCAGCUCAGAAUCACCGCUCCUCCAAGUUCUCCUCCCUGCAGUGCAGCUCCUGUGACAAAACCUUCUCCAGCACUGCUGCUCACCGAAAGCAUGUCAAGGCAGAGCACGCAGAUGUGAAGUUCCACGAGUGUGAGAUGUGCAAGGAACUCUUUCCCACGCUGGCUCUUCUGCAGGUCCAUGUGAAGUGCAGGCACUCAGGCUCCCAGCCGUUUCGCUGCUUGUACUGCUCAGCAUCCUUCCGCUUCCCAGGGGCCCUGCAGAACCACGUCACCACCGAACACUUCAAGCAGACGGAGAGCACCUUCCCCUGUGAGCUCUGUGGGGAGCUCUUCCCCUCCCAGGACGAGCUGGAGGGGCACUACAGCACUGAGCAUCCCAAGGUGGUCUUCUCCCAAGCCACCACGACCCAGAUUGUGCAGGUAAUUCAGACAUCGGAGCAAGGAGCAGCAGAACACAUCAUCUCUUUUGAUGAGGCACAACUUGCUGGCUCCCAAGUCUUUGUGACGUUGCCUGAAUCUCAGAUGAGCCAAGCUGGCUCCGAGCUGGUGGCAGUGACCAUGGAGGACUUGUUUGAUGACAAAGUCACUCUGAUUUGUGAAGAAACCAAGGGAGAGUGAGCAGCGGGUGCCCAUGCAUGGCGCCCAGUAUCCACUAGACUCGUUCAGGAGCUGUACAUGCCGCUCCAGCAGGGAGAUUCGGGGUUUCUUUGGGAAAGCAGCCCCGGGGAUGUUACGCUGCAAAAGAAAUGGCAUGCAGCAAGCACAGCAUGGCCAAGGACAGGAGGAGUUUGUAGACGUUCGCAAGGGCCUGGGAACUCGCCCUGCAGUCAGCAGCUGCCAGCUCAGGUGAGCUGGACCACUCAACCCUCCAGGCUCAAGAGAAAUAAAGAAGCAGAGGAAAAAAUGGGAAUUGUGUGUAUUCACAUGUGAAGAGAGUGGAGAGGAGGAGACCAAUGCAGGACAAAGCUGGGCCAGUAUGGGUAUGUGAAACCAAAGAAAAAGCUGCCCCGAGAAUUCGGGGUGGAGAUUAUAGCUGAAUCAGUGAUGCGCUUGCAGGUAUCUGCUACUCUGCAGGAUGCAUAAGGGCUGCUUUGUUCCUCGGUUGCUCUCCCUGUACCGUUGUGCCGCCCGUUGUGCCAGCUGGAAAAGUCCUCCAGUGCAGCUGACGUUUGGGCCUCAAGCAGAGACUGGGGAGUUGUGCUAAAUGGCUUGGGAGCUGCUCAGGCACCGCCGCGUGCGUAGCACCGGUCUGAUCCCAUCCAUGUCUUUGCUGCGGCUGUCCCUUACAAAGAAGGGUCACGGGCAGGUCCGGGCGUCCACAUCCUCUUUGCGAGCAAGCAGCCCUGCCCUCUCCCACCUCCCCUCUAAUUCACCGAGGACGCGCUGAAGCUGCUGCAUCUGAGAAAGGGCUGUGUCUGCAUGGCAGGGCCCCCGUGACUGGUAUCAGCAGAUUGGCACUAAUGAAGGCAUUUCUGUCUCAGUGUGCUGCUGUGACUGCACACAGACGUUCCCCGUGGCACACAGGGCAUUGCUUUGUAAAACGCAUUCAGAUACCUGCCGUAAAGUUUGCUUGUCUGGUGCCAGCGCGAUGCAACAGCUUCAUUGCAGCACAGCGGCCCCUUUAAGGCUAAAUUUCAUAAGGCUUUUUUAUCUGCCGUUUCCUAAAAUAUAAUCUGAUAAUUAAUGGUUUGCUGAAUCCAUUAUGAAGUGCAAUUAGAUAGAUGCAGGUUUCCUGUGGCUCUAAGGGGACUGGUGGCAUUUAUCUUCCUUUCCCUCAUGCCAAAAGGUUGAACUCCGCCACUGCGAUAUUUACAUACUGAGCGGUGAUCCCCGCCGCAUCUCGCAGCCUGAGACCCUGCGGCGAGCAGCGCUCCUUUCAUCACGCUGCCCAGAGCCACGGCAGUGCAGGGGAUGAACAGAUUGGAGUGUUCCAGCAGCAUCUUGCGCUGGUUGCUCACAGCCACCAGGCAGAGAUGGCGACGCAGGAGAGUGCCAGGGUGGUUAUGCCAGUGAGAUAGUUUGUUGUUCCUGUUAGAGCUUGGAGAAGUGAACAACAAGGGGUGACCCCAGGAGAGGGGCUUCGUGGAGCUAAUGUUCUCUCUGGCAUUUUUUUGGGGUGUGCGGCAGCAAGCACAUGACGCUGUUGAAGUGUUUGUUGCACAUGUCGUGAAAGUGCCUCCACCUUUCUCUUCCUCAGUUGCAUGCGCAGCUUGUCCUCCAGGCUGUGCCGUGAUGAUGAAAUGGAGGAAGAGUGAGGUUAAGUUGCCACUGAAUCCAGGAAUGACCAGGAGAUGGUGCUCAAGGUCUUGAGGAUUAGUGCUAACGGCCAGGUGCCCUUGCACCUUUGCUGAAGCUCCUCUUGGCCUUCCCAGGCCAUACCCAGCUUCUGGGCAGGUGUGGAGAGACCUGGAGCCACCACCAAGCCGAAGGACAACUCCAAGCUCUGGACAGGGCACCUCCAAUCCCUGGUUGUCGCUGCUUAAAGAAGAGCUUGAGACUAGGCUGUGGAGAAAGAGUGGGUAGGCUGUGGAGAGCACAGAGGGUACUGCUGGAGACCAUCUCAUGCCUGCCUGGAAACAGAAGAGCUGAGCGUGGUGCUUAGGAUGAGCACAGGGAUGGUGACAGAACAAGCAAGUGCGUCUUGAUGGUCACAGAGCCGAUGUGUCGGGAGGUAAGCGGUGGAUUUUCUCCCACAGGCUGCUGGAGGUAGAAGCUGUUUCCCCCUUUUCUGGCUCCACGGGAGCUGUGGAACACAGCCUGUAGCACAGGCUAGGUGAAGCUGAUCUCCCUUUUUUUCCUGAAAAACUCUGGAGGAAGACUAAAGGUUUAGCAGGGUUUGGGGAGAAGUUGCCUCAUUUAUAGCCCCCUUAUAAGGCUUAGCUUGGGAGAAGCAUGCAAGUGAUGCAUUUUGACUUUGAUCCCUUUGGUCCCUAUUGACCGAGUUUUGUCACAGUUGAAGGGGGACAGUGUAAAUCACACAUCAGGUGAGGUUCAGGCUCACAUCUGCUGUUUAGGGUCAUCUCUCCUGCCUUUGUGACCAGCAAGAGCCUGCGUAGAUGUAUCCUCAGCAGAGUCCUGCCAGCAGUAUACGCCCAGUGAGAGCUCUGCGGCUGUACAGGGACUAUCAAGCAUCUCCUGUAUCAUUAUGAGGAGAUAAUAGCUCGGAUCCCCCUGUUCCAGUUCCUUCUUGAUGGAUGAAGUACGCACGUGAGAGCAAAUUGCAGUGUUAGCAACACCUCUAUCCUGCCUGGAAGGAAGAUGUGUUUCCCAGGGCACAUCCUGGUCUGGCGAGCCCAAUGCUGAAGAUGCUCAUCACUAGCGAUUUUUUUGUUAUGCUGCUUAUUCUUUUUUUUUUUCCCUCUGUAAAAAUAAAACACGGAGAAUGAAAGAUGCGGCUGCACAGUGACAAGUGUAAAGCAAUUAAUUGGAAGGAAGAAUCCUUAUUUCUGAAAAUGUGAUUUUUGCAGGUCGUCUUCCAGGUGCUGGGUGACCCAUUGGGUUACGUGGGGUCCUGUGCCCCGCUUGACCUUGGUGCCAUCUUCUGUAAGGGAGUGAAGGAGCUAUUGUCAGGUCAGGCUGGAGCACGGGACUGUCCUGCCCUUCGCUGUGUCCUCCUGUUGCAAGUGCCAGAUGCUUUUGGAAAAAGCGCAGGCUGUCUGUAACAGAAGCCUGGGGAGCAACGUCCCAUGGAGGACGUUAGGUCAGUUAAUGAUUUCUAUAUCUCCAUGCGUUAACUGGUGCCAUUUAGGGUGCAGGAUUAAGCUUGUGACUGUUAGGAAACGUCUGUUUUCUGCACCAACUUUCAUUCUGACCCGGUGUCUGUCCCGUUCACUGAAGGCUCCUUUGGAAAAAGGCAGGGUGCUGCUGGGUACAGCAACGGCUGUGAGCGGCCCCUGCUUGGCAUUUCCCAAGGCAAAGUGUAAUUUUGCAGCCCCAAGGUGUUAUUUUAACACAGUAUAAGUGAAUUCUGGGCUUUGGUUUUAGGUUUGGUUGUUGGGGUUUUUUUUGUGGUGUUUUUUUUUUUUUUUUUCUUAAAUCCAACCCAUUUGUGAUUAGGUGCAAAGAUGCCGCUGCCUUGCCCAGGAGUGAGGGAUGGAGGUGGCGGGAGCACAGAGGGAGCUGGGAUGUUGCUUGAAGCCUCUCCUGGGGGAGAGGAGGAGGAGAGUUGGGUACCAGCACUCUGAAAACCCUCCGUGUGAGUUGGGCAAGCCCUGGAAGCCCCUGUGCCCCGGCUGAUGCUGAUGUCUUGACAGAUUUCGUUACCGGUCUGGCAGGCUGCCAGCACGUCCCCAGCGAAUUCAAGCACUGGGAAAGGGAAGCGACGUUUCCAACGGCCUCCAGCUCAGCAAAAGCCAAGCGGCGUUUGGCAGGGCAGGGACGAGACGCUUCAGCAGCCAGAGGGAAUUCCCUCUCCUGAAUAUGGGCGGUUUGCUGCAGACAGUGAGAGCCGAGGCGCUUCCUGGGGAGAUGGGCUCCGUAACCUUUUUGUAAUGGGGAGGAGGAGGCUGGCUAAUGGACGGGGCUCGGCCGCCUCUCCAGCAUCAGUUAACGCGUCUAAUCCCCGCGCACAGUCAGCUGUACAGUGCCUUGUUGGAGUAAGUCACCACAAUUCCUGAUUUCCUGCGUUAAAACAGUAAUUCCUUUUAUUGGGUCUCCAGCCAGCCUUUCGCACAUGACGAGAGCGCAAGCAGAAGCUCUCAGUUUGCCUUCCCUGCACCAUUUAUGAUCACUUAAAGCAGGAAAUCUGCCCAGGUUCCUAAUCGCAUUUAAGCAAACCUGAUAAAGUGAGCUAGCUCUUAAUCCACUUAAUACGAGACGCGUGGAUGCUGUGUAGCGCCCGCUAUAUAUAGCUUUCCUCUACCGACAGGAGUGGGGCCAGGCAGCGCUCACGAGUCCGAUCAUGGCACCUGUUUUCUGUGACCUGCGAGGAAACAGAAAGUCCUUGCUGGCAAAGCGUGCGGGCAAGACAGAGGGUGGAGGAGCAAUAAGGAGCAGUGGGGAUCCCAAUUGCCUGGCACGCAGGCGCAGCCGAGCUGUGUGCAUCUUAACAUCGCUAAAUGUCAGGCUCCGUAUCUGGGAAGAGGUGAUGCCGGCCACGCGGAGAGAGGAGAGGACUGCGGUCAGGAUGUCUGAAAGCAUCCUGGGGUCCGCUGGUUGUAACCGGAGGCGUGCGGAGCCAUGAGUGAUGUUUGAGGGCUUUAGGAGCUGCUUUUGGCAGGAGUCGGGAGGCGUUUGCUGCUGCCCCCUGCUCUGAGCGUGGCUGCGGCUAGAUGUCUUUCCCAUACAGCUGCUCACCCACAGCAGCAUGUGACAAGUAAAUGACAAACUGGAGGCUGCGCAGGCAACAGCUACCAGCACAAGUCAAGGAGUGGAAAAUCUGCCUUAUUGCACGAGAGCGCGGGAGCUCUAAUUGCUCAGCGUGGUUAAGGAGUGACCUGGUGGCAGCGUUCACCCCGCUAUGCCAGGGGACUGCGUUUGCUCUCGUCUCUGUGUUCUAGCAAAGGCAAAGUGCUGAAGGGCAUCAGCGCUAGUAAGAGUCCAUCUGUGCAGAACACAAAUGCUUGGAUUUGCCUUGUUUCCCUUCCCCUUUUGGACACCCAGGAGAUGCCCAGCAUUGAGGGCAGUCCAGACAGCGACCUUUUCAACUUCGACGGGAGCAGGUGAUGCCUGUCUUGUUCCCAGGGAGCUCAGGGUCAAGUUUGCAGACUGAUAUUUCCUUCAUCCCCUGGAUCAGGGAUACUUACAGCCCUGCAGCAUAUGGGAAGUCUGGUCUGGGCAAGCUGUCUGCUUGCGUUCUUCUCUGUGCUUCCCAGACCUUCUCCCACUGCCCCAGAGCCCCUUGCAGAUGGGGAGGGCUGGCGAGGACGGGUCUGUUGUACACGUCCUCACUUGGAGCAUGAAGUAGCUGCCAACAAAUGUGUCUGUCCAGAUAGAUUAGAUCUAGCUUGGUGCCAUGCAAAAUGAUCUCAGCCCACAGGUCUUCCAGCCAUUGGAGGCUUCCUGACAGAGAUGGAGUUUGCUCUCCUCCUCUUGGCUGUAACAAGGUGAGCAGAGCCCUGCCUCAGGUUUCAAACUGCCUGUGGAGAUAAUCCGUGCCCCUCCAGCUGUGCUGAACCUGUUAACGGGCAUGAUGAUGGCUUUCCCUGACGUGAAUCUGGCUUUCUCUGCCCAAGGAGGCCAAGGCCAUAUGCCACUUACUCCAUGGCGUUGGCUUUCUUGGCCAGCACUUUGGUAGAGAAGGGCUGAGCUCAGUCCUUGCCAUUCACCCUCAUCCCUCUGCUCUGCUGUGCAUUACCUGGACAAGGUUUCCCUGCAGGUUCACCCCAGUCCUCCACCCACUUUCACCCGAGCUUUAUUGUCACCCAGAGCAUCUUCCCAAGUGUUCAUCUCAUGGAGGUGGUGCAUCUCGAUAUACUCUUGCCAUGAGCUGAGCCCCAUGCAGGGCUUUGCUGUCUGUAGAGACUACACAUGGAUGCGUAGCUGGAAAGUCUCCGUUUGCUGGUAAAUAACUCCCAUUCCGGUCUUCUGCAGGAGUUUCAGGGAGGGCUCUGCUGGGUGGAAGAUGGGUGGGGUGGCUUGGCAAUUACAAACGUGUGGGUGGUUCCCUUUAUCCAGCUUGUGUUGCUUUCACUUUUUCUAGCCCAGAGGCUACAAUUGAGACAGUAUUUAGAGCAGCGCUGCCCUGUCAGUUGGUGCUUAAUGCCCUAAUAAUAUUACAUUUGUUUAGCCCAUUGCACUUCAAACCUUAAGUUGUUUCUUUUGUCUCUGAGCAUUUAAUAGCUGUUGCUAUUGAGCUGUCCAGUGACACACAGGGCUUUUUCCAGUGUGCUUAUAGAUGAUAGUGAAUUUGGCGAUACGCAGGAGUAGGUCAGAUGGUCCCUACGGUGUGCGUGAACUUCCAUUUAUCAACACUACGUUUCCCUUGCAGCAAGACUGGUCUCUGUUAGCAGUGAAUUCCCUCUGCAGCUCCCUACAGCCUCUCUCAUCGACUAACCCAGAUAAUCCUCUGCUAUCUGCCACAUCUCAGUAGAUCUAUUAAACACACAAAAGUUCUGAUGUCCUUGUGUGUAACCAGGGUAGGUUGCAAGAUUUUAAAUCCCCCAGUGCAGGA